GGUGAAUUCUCUGCCUUCACUCUAACGAGCGCAGUCUGUAGAUGCGUGUUCACAGCUGGUCUCUCCUCAGUCAGUCAUCCAGCAAGCCUCCUGUACCACCACACGCACUGUACACUAGAUCCUGGAUUUGAUCAGAAAUGUUUUUCUGUAGAUCGGCUUGGCAGAGACUGGGGCUCCUGUCACGAAUGACAGUCGCCCUACCCUUAUCCAGAAAUGUGGUUCCAGUGCGGCAGAUGUCCGUCGGGAUCCCCGGUGGCUCUGCCACCAACGUGGCGUACGCCGUUCUGUGUGGAGGAGGCCUCACUGCCGCUGUGGUCUACGCUUACAAGACAGUGAAUGGUGACAGUGAGCGGUACAAUGACCGACUCGCCGAGAUGAACUUGAGGCCCAAGGAAGCAGCAGCAGAGGAAGCAGCACCAGCAGCAGAGGAAGCAGCACCAGCAGCAGAGGAAGCAGCACCAGCAGCAGAGGAAGCAGCACCAGCAGCAGAGGAAGCAGCACCAGCAGCAGAUGAAGCAGCAGAGGAAGCAGCACCAGCAGCAGAGGAAGUAGAAUCCCCAGAAGAACCGGCACCAGUAGAAGCAGAGGUGUUAGCCGAGGUGGUCGCUGAGACGGCCGCAGUCGAGGAGGCGCCUGCAGCAGCAGAGGAAGUCGUGGCAGAGGUCGCAGCCAAAUCCGUCGCUGUCCUAGAGGCGGUUGCAGAGGUUGCUGCGGAACCAGAGGUCGUCGCAGUUGAGGAGGCGCCCGCAGUGGAAGUUGCCGUGGUUACGGAAGAAGCUGCACCGGAGGCUGUCGCAGAGGACGUCACAGAUGCGGCUCCUGGCGUCGUGGAAGAGGUCGUUGCCAUGGAGGCCGCCGAUGCUGUGUCUGACAUCACGUCUGCCUCCAUGAAACUCCUGGCCAGCUCUGAGAUCGCUGCUGCCUCGGUAGCUGAGAGGAGGCUCAUGCACGCCGUCCAACACCUAGAAGACCGGACUGAAGAAUCCUCACUCGCUCCCGCCGAGGACAUUCUAGAUUCCCUGGUGGUUCCUGAAGCUAAGGUAGAGGAGGAAGUAUUAUCUGUGGAGGGGGAAGUGGCAGAAGCACCAGCUGCAGAAGUCUUGGAAACUGAAGAGCCCAAACCAGAAGAGGAGGCUGUUGUUGCUGCCCCUAAUGUCACAGAGAAAGUGGUUGCUGAGGAGACCCCUGAGCCAGAGGAAGUAGUUCUGGUCGUCGUAGAGGAAGCUCCAGCUGCUGUUGCAGAGGAGGAGACGGCUGCGGCUCCCCUAGAGGCCACAGAGCUCCCUGCCACUGUGGAAGCACCUGAGACUGAGGCUUCUGCCGCUGUGGAAGCACCUGAGGCUGAGGCUUCUGCCGCUGUGGAAGCACCUGAGGCUGAGGCUUCUGCCGCUGUGGAAGCACCUGAGGCUGAGGCUUCUGCCGCUGUGGAAGCACCUGAGGCUGAGGCUUCUGCCGCUGUGGAAGCACCUGAGGCUGAGGCUUCUGCCGCUGUGGAAGCACCUGAGGCUGAGGCUUCUGCCGCUGUGGAAGCACCUGAGGCUGAGGCUUCUGCCGCUGUGGAAGCACCUGAGGCUGAGGCUUCUGCCGCUGUGGAAGCACCUGAGGCUGAGGCUUCUGCCGCUGUGGAAGCACCUGAGGCUGAGGCUUCUGCCGCUGUGGAGGCACCUGAGGCUGAGGCUUCUGCCGCUGUAGAAGCACCUGAGGCUGAGGCUUCUGCCGAGGAGGGACCAAUAGUAGAGGAAUUUUCCCCAGAAGAGGCUGCCCCAGUCGAAGAGGCAGCGCCAGUUGAGGCAGAGUUACCUGCAGCCGAAGAGGUAGUAGUGGAGGAAGCCCCAGUGGAGGAACCCCCAGUGGAGGAACCAGCAAUGGAGGAACCAGCAGCAGAGGAACCACCGGCGGCAAAGGAGGCUGUGGAGACAGCCCAAGUGUCUGAGGAUGAGGCGCUCGUGGUGGAGGCGGCGAUGCUGGCAGCAGCCUCAGCCCUGGAUGUCGAGGCAGUGGAGGCAGAGGCAGCCCCGGCUGAGGAAGUCAAGGAGGCCCUCUUCACUUCAUGCCACCAAUGUGAAGCCCCAGCUUCUGAGGCUGAUGUGGCAGUCACCCCCAUGGAGGUCGUAGAGGCUGCAUCUGUGGGGGAAGUAGAGGCUCCCCCUGCUGGUGUGGAGGAGGCAGUCGUCGAGGGUGAGGCAGUGGAGGUGACCGCAGAGGAGCGCGCCUCCGAUUGGCCUGCUGAGGUGACCGCAGAGGCAGAGGAGGAAGCCAAGGUGGAAGGAGAGACUGCCAGGCCAGUAAAGAGGUCCUGCUCAGUGAUGUGAUAGUACAGAAGGUGCACAGAGUAUGAGCCUGAUGUUGCUGACAGCCCAGUCCUGACUGGAGACCAGCGAGAUGUGCCUUCUGGAACAGUCAACACCCACAGCUGUCAAUCAAACAGGACGAUCAACAUAAAACACACACAGAAUUAGAACCGGUUUGAAUUGAAUUCUAUAAUUCUAUUUAACUCAUUAUAUAUUUAAAUGUUGUCUGAUGACAACCGUUGUCAACCCGGUAACUACAUUCCCGGUUCUCACUCAGUUUCUUGGUCUUGUAUUUACCCUACCCAUGGUGAGGUGACACUUCUGUAAGGGUUUGAAGUCUGACUUUAUUCCUAGGCUCAGACCCAAAUGACACCUUAUACCCUAUAUAGUGCACUACUUUUGACCAGGGCCUGGGGGAAUAGGGUGCCAUUUGGGAUGGAUAUCAACUAUUUCUCAGUACCACCCUGUUCCCCAAGGUGGCACUGUUACCAAGCUGACAAAGACCACUUGAAUGUAUUUGAAGUUACUUGAUAAAUUAUUGUGUACUUGACAUUGCCUAAUGAAUUCUGACAAUUUUUUUUGUUGAUUCAAUGAAAUAAGAUCUGAAUUGUUGUAUUAAACAGUAGGCCAUUAGACAACAUGUAGAUGAUUGUGUUCUUCAGAGACUGUUGAGUAAGUUCUGCAUGGAGUUUCUUUAUUCAAUCAGGGAACAUCUAGAUUAAGUUUAGUUCUCAAGCCAGUAGACUGUUAGUAGACAGUGUUGUACCCAUGUGAGGAAAAAAAUGUAAUGGUUUUUUUUUUCAGUCGAAUAAUAAUUUAUGUAAUAGCUUUGCAGGUGGGGUGGGGUGGUUGAUGGGGUGGUUGGUGGGGUGGUUGAUGGGGUGGUUGAUGGGGUGGUUGGUGGGGUGGUUGAUGGGGUGGUUGUGGGGUGGUUGGUGGGGUUGGUUGUGGGGUGGUUGGUGGGGUGGUUUUGUGUGACACAGUAUGGAAAGACUAGUUGUCCAAACUAUCCUAUGGUUAUAUAUUCAUGUUGCUUGUGUACAUUUUGUAUAGAAAGACUAGUUUGAAGAUCCAAACUAACACUAUCCUGUCACUAUAGCCAUGUGUAUAUUUUGUAUAGAAAGACUAGUUUAAAGAUCCAAACUAACACUAUCCUGUCACUAUAGCCAUGUGUAUAUUUUGUAUAGAAAGACUAGUUUGAAGAUCCAAACUAACACUAUCCUGUCACUAUAGCCAUGUGUAUAUUUUGUAUAGAAAGACUAGUUUGAAGAUCCAAACUAACACUAUCCUGUCACUAUAGCCGUGUGUAUAUUUUGUAUAGAAAGACUAGUUUGAAGAUCCAAACUAACACUAUCCUGUCACUAUAGCCAUGUGUAUAUUUUGGAUAGAAAGACUAGUUUGAAGAUCCAAACUAACACUAUCCUGUCACUAUAGCCAUGUGUAUAUUUUGGAUAGAAAGACUAGUUUGAAGAUCCAAACUAAAACUAUCCUGUCACUAUAGCCAUGUGUAUAUUUUGUAUAGAAAGACUAGUUUGAAGAUCCAAACUAACACUAUCCUGUCACUAUAGCCAUGUGUAUAUUUUGGAUAGAAAGACUAGUUUGAAGAUCCAAACUAAAACUAUCCUGUCACUAUAGCCAUGUGUAUAUUUUGUAUAGAAAGACUAGUUUGAAGAUCCAAACUAACACUAUCCUGUCACUUAUUUAAGUCAUUAUGUAAGUACUAAAAAGGUUACUAUGAUGUCAUACUCAGAAACGUGUCAUAUGUUGUAUUUCUAAAUUAAAUGGAGCUGUACGCUUAUUCAGAAUGGACAAGUGGACUGUCCACUUUUGACUUUGAACUUCAUUGACAUGAUUCCAUAUCUAAUUAUGAGAUUCAAUUUGGAGAGCCCUUUUUUUUAAUGGAUGAAAUGAUCAAUUCAAUAAUUGUUUUAUUAUGUAUCUGUUAUUGUGAAGACAAAUUCUUUGUAAAUAAAGGUGAUUUAAACUG